UAAAUUAACAAAAAAGAAGACGAACGCAGUGGUUGUACAGACAGUGCUGUUUGAGUCGUUAUCUAUUCCUAAUAUGUAGUUAGAAGUAUUUUCAGAUAGAUUUAUUUAUCGAGAGCAGUCAGCAUGGACUCGAACAGCAGUGGUGAUAGUUUUGAGGAAGUGGAAAACGAGGGGUCCUUGUCUCCAUCAGGAACACAGUCUCCUGUAAUCGACCGAAAUCCAUCACCACCCCCUGACACAGCUGAUGGAGAAGAAGAACAAUAUGUGGAUGCCAUUGGGGACACUGUUUACAGCAAGCACUGGCUUUUUAGCACCCUGACUCGCCUCAUUCAAAUUAUCUCUGAAUACUCAGAAGAUGACUCUGAUGGCCAGAUGCAGCUCUCCGAUAAUGAUGAGGAUGACCUGUGUAGAGUCUGGGAUAUGGCAAUGGACAAGAAUGUGGCCAGCUUUCUACAGGAGUUUAAAGCUGAAAAUAUCCUUCUUGGAGUGAUAGCCAAAUCACGCUGUCCACGUCUCACAGAAAUCUGUGUGGGUAUCCUUGGUAACAUUGCAUGUUUUCCUGAAACGUGUUUAACUCUUAGUCAAAAUGAAGACCUAGGCGCUGUGCUGUUGCUUGUUCUUGGAGAUACUGAUCCUCCGACACUUCUGGAAACAAACCGACUGUUGGUGACCUGUCUCUCUCAGAAAAAUGUUUCUUUACUGUGGCUUCAUCGAAUACGAGAGGCUUCUUCUGUGUGCUCCAAUCUGUGUUUCAUCAUGCGCAGUUCUACCAACAUGGACCUCCUCCUGAAGGUUGGAGAGCUUGUUGAGAAGCUGUUUGACUUGGACGAGCAACUGAUGAAGAGCUGGCUCACAGUUCAGCCAAGUGAAGAAGAAAAUGAAAACUGUCUGGAUGUGGUUUCGAGCCUUCUUGAAGCAGCCAUGCAGCUUAGGUCAGAGAGUCCAGAUGGAUUAGAGGUUUACCUGCAUGUGUUCCAGCUUCUCACCACUGUAGAUGAGGGCAUUCAGAUUUUUUCUGCCUCGGAAUCUGGAAAAGCAGUGUGGGACUUUGUCUGUGAGGUUUUGUGUGAGGACCUCUGCCAACCAAAUGAGCUUUCCCUUGUCUUACAAGAGCAGAAGGGCAUUUUGGUCCAGGCAUUUGCAGUGCUCCAGGCGCUUUACAUAUGCCAGGCUCAGUGGCUCAGCAGAAGUGACACAAGUGUCAUCCUAAUUGGGACCGUUUUGCGGGUGCUUCAGUCCCUCAGUGACUGUACGAUUAAAGAUGAACAGCUCCAGAUCCUGGCAGAGGUCACAGAUGAGUUCUUGGCAGACAUCUGCUGUCAUAUUUCCAAGGAUGUAGUGGCAGAGUUGGUGAAGAAAGGCCACCUGACAGAGAAGACUUGUCUCACAGCUGUGGACAGUUUGCUUCCCAAGUUUAAGUCUUCAUUUCAACACCUGGAGUCUGUUUUGUCAGAGACUGAUCCUGAAUUGGCAGAUGUGAUGAAGAAAAAGUUUCCUGUCUGAACUGUUCAUCCAGACUGUUUGCACAGUUUUUUAUAGCGUCCACUGCAUAGAACCUGCUUUGGGUUUCCAUCAAGAGGAAACACUGAAGUCACAUCGUCAGUGGUGUUGGAGGCCGUUUGUCAUAGACUCUGCCUUUCUUUCCAAAUUCUCAUUCUGAACUUGUACAGAUAUUAAGUUAAACUUAAACUGCCACACUGGUUACAUGUUUUUUCAAAGUUGUUAUACUUUCUAUAUUUAAUUGUAUAGUAAAUACAUAGAAGGCUGUUACCUCCACCAAG